UCUGCUCACACACCCUCACCUCCAGCCCCUCCCACCUCCUAUCAUGCUCACCGAGGUGUCUGGUGACUUUGGCCCAUGUUAAUAUGUUGCUCCUCCCUGAAUGGCGAAGGAGACGAGAAGAGAGGGAGGUAAAGAGGAGAAGCUCCAGCCCACCACCAGCAUGUCCCCAGGGGCCUUCAGCCUGCUCAUGUGCCUGCCCCUCCUGCUGCUCAGUACAGCUGUGGCUCCCCAUCAAACCCUGACCAGCUGGAGAGCAGUGUGGGGAAGCUCUCCACCACUCUUCAUUAACUCUUCAUUAGGUGAAGCCCUCAGACACCAACUCCUGCUCCCCUCUCAGGCGAUACUUCCCACAAAGAGAUGGAUGUGGCUCCCAGGGCCCUGGCGCUCCUCUUGCCUCUGGUGCUCGUCCUGCUCAGCCUGUCGCCUGCGCUCACCUUGGGAGGAUGCCCGUCUGCUUGCCGGUGCUCUUCUGCCAUGCUGCAGUGCCUGGAGCCCAAUGGGAUAAGCAGUAUCCCGCCACUGGCGCUUCAAGAGAGUGAGAACGUGACGGAAAUCUACAUUGAAAACCAAGCAGGUCUGGAGAACAUAACAGAGGUCAACCUUGCCAACUACAGAGAGCUGAAAAAUCUAACCGUCACAUCAUGUAAACUGAGGUUCAUUUCUGCAAAUGCUUUCCAAAACAACCUGAAGCUGCAGUACGUGAACCUGGCGUCGAACUUUCUGGAGCACAUCAGCUGGAGAGUGUUUCAUUUUCUGCCUCUGCUCAACCUGAUUUUAAGGGACAACCCUCUCGUCUGCUCAUGUGACCUCUUCUGGCUGCAGCAGUGGCAGAACGAGGAUCGUGGCGACAUCGACAGCCAGAUGCUGUUUUGCUUGUCCAACGAUGAGGAAUUAUCCCUCAGUUCUUUGGAGAUCGAUAAUUGCAGUUUGCCUGAGGUGACCAUUUACGCAUCACAAUUGAAGACCAGAGAGGGAGGAAACCUCAUGUUUGAAUGCCGGGUGACAGGGAGUCCCACCCCCAAAGUGAUGUGGCAAACGAAAGAACUUGCAUCUAACUUUACUGUCCAGGAGAAAAUGACGGGCUCCACGUUAAGUCUGGUGCUUCAUCUCACCAACGUCUCCUUCAAGGACAACAUGCACAACCUGACGUGUGAGGCAGAGAACCAAGCUGGGCCCAACGAGGGGAUGGUGCAAUUGGACAUUGAGUUUCCAGCCAAAAUCAUCUUCUUCAAGGACGCCGUGAAACACCACCACUGGUGCUUCCCGUUCGCUGUGGACGGGAAUCCUGACACGUACAUCUCCUGGUUCUUCAAUGGAGAACCGUACAGAAAAAGCAAGUUCAUCUUCAUACACUUCAUCGCGGACUCGAACGACGGGUCAGUGAAGCACGGCUGCCUAACCUUAAACAAGCCGACCCACAUGAACAACGGAAACUACACUCUGGUUGCGGUGAACGAGCUCGGAGGGGAAAAUGCCACGGCUGUCGGGAUGUUUAUGGAAAAUCCUUUUGAUAAUGGUGAUCCUGAGGGGAUCAUGAUAGUCUCUAAUGGGGAUCCAAGUCCAUCAAACAAACCGGUCGUGGACGUUACAGAGAAUUCAGAGAGUCGGGUGUUUGUGGUCUCUGUUGCUGUGGGCCUCGCUGUGUUCACCUGCAUCUUUCUGCUCAUCACAGUUUUGAUCAUUAACAAGUGUGGUCACCAAACCAAGUUUGGUAUUCACCGCUCAUCAGUUCUCGGUAAGGAGGAUGACCUGGCCGUCUCACUCCGCUUCAUGAAUUUUGGGACCAGCCCGCCUUCCUCCGACGAAGACUCUGGUUUAUCAAGUUUUGUGGAGAACCCGCAGUACUUCUGUGGCAUCAUCAAGGACAAAGACAUGUGUGUGCAGCACAUUAAGCGGCAGGACAUUGUGUUGAAGUGGGAGCUAGGUGAAGGAGCGUUCGGCAAAGUCUACCUGGCAGAGUGUGCGAACCUCAGCCCCGACAGCGACAAGAUGCUGGUUGCCAUUAAGACUCUGAAGGAUGCCAACGAGUCGACGCGGCAGGACUUCCAGCGGGAGGCCGAGCUGCUGACGGUCCUCCAGCAUCAACACAUCGUGCGUUUCUACGGCGUGUGCACAGACGGCGAGCCGCUGGCCAUGGUGUUCGAGUACAUGAGACACGGAGACCUCAACCGCUUCCUUCGAGCUCACGGCCCAGACGCUCGUAUCCUGGAGGAGUCCAAGUUGCCCCCGUUGGGCCAGCUGACUCUGCCCCAGAUGCUGCAGAUCGCCGCCCAGAUCGCCUCAGGCAUGGUUUACCUGGCAUCGCUGCACUUUGUCCACCGCGACCUGGCCACACGCAACUGUCUGGUGGGAGAAGGCCUGGUGGUGAAAAUUGGAGACUUCGGUAUGUCCAGAGACAUCUACAGCACAGACUACUACCGGGUUGGUGGACGUACGAUGCUUCCGAUCCGCUGGAUGCCGCCGGAGAGCAUCAUGUACAGGAAGUUUACAACAGAGAGCGACAUCUGGAGCUUCGGAGUCGUUCUUUGGGAAAUCUUCACCUACGGCAAACAACCCUGGUACCAGCUGUCCAACAGUGAGGCCAUUGAAUGCAUCACGCAGGGGCGGGAGCUGGAGCGGCCCCGGACCUGCCCCAAGGAGGUGUACCUGCUGAUGCACGGCUGCUGGCAGAGGGAGCCCCAGCAGAGGAUGGUCAUCAAGGACAUCCACAGCCGCCUGCUGGAGCUGGUCAAGAACCCGCCCGUUUACCUGGACAUCCUGGGCUGAAGCGGGUCGAGACGCAGCCAGGGAGCAGAAAUCAAAGACUCAAAGCGUUGGGAUUUACGUUAUUCACUGUAAACGGCUUACGUUGCUUCAUUUAAGGCUUUAUUUCUAUUUUGGAGAUGAGCUUUUUGCCCCAUUUCUACUCGACUCAGAGUCCUGCUUUCUCCCCUGAGCUGCUCUGGAAAAAUGUCAAAUGUUUACCAAAGUGUUAAAAAGUUUAUCUGCUGUGGGAUCAGUGGGAUGGGAUGGGAUGUGCAUGGAAAGUGUAACUUGAAGAUGAGGAUUUCGUAAGAUUUUGCAGCUUAAAAAAAAGUGUUUUCUGGAUUUGGAUGCAGCAGGAAGGUGUUUGUGUAACUUAUCUGAGUGGGGGGUUCAUGUAAAUGUAAAUAAGAAAAACCCAAUGAAAGAAUGUUUUUCAUGUGUCAAAUUGUCUGUAUCAUAUACUUAUUUUUCAAAAAAAAAAGAAACAAAAAGAUUUGUUGAAUAUGAAGUGGAGA